UCAUACGUAAAUGAAGGCGUGAUUAUGAUCGGAAGCAAUUUACGGCAAAUUAUUUCGCAAUUUACAUUUACAAAAGACUAUUGCUCCUCUAUCUGUGAAAGGUCGCACAUUAUUUUCGUUCCAAAAGAAUGUACGAGUUAAUGUGCUUUUGUGAAACGCGUUGCAAGGCAUCCUCGUUGUAUAUAAAUCAAGGAGGCUUGUCGGCUCAAAAUCUUAGUCUUCUUCAACUUCGCGCAUUUUCAUUAAAUACCACAGAGGAUAUUUCUGAUAUUCAAUUAUGUCACGUAUACUAUUUGCAGUCUUCUUCAUCGCAAGCACUUUAAAAAACCCCGUACGAAGUGCAAUAUCUUUUGGCAAUAACACGGCUACGUCAAGUCAAAACGGCGCUAUGACUAACAGCAAUUCGUGUUGUUUUCCAAAGGGCAAUUGUCCAUCCGGGAAUACGGGGCUCGAUAUUCGAAUUGUUAAUAAUGUUUCGAAUUGUUCCGCUGGACAAGUAGACUGCUGUAAAGAAGAUCAGAUCGACUAUAGUUGCGGUAUCAGAAAAAUUCCAGAAUCUGCACAUCCUCAAGGUCAAGCCAGUUACGGUGCAUACCCCUGGCAAGCUUUACUUUUAACACCCAACGACGUUUAUGCUGGUUCAGGCGUACUUAUUACUCCUAAUCAUGUGUUAACGGUCGCUCACAAAGUAGCAUCUUACACAAAUGGCGGGCUUAAAGUGAGACUGGGGGAAUGGGAUGUGCAAUCCACUACUGAGACUUAUGCAGUGCAAGACUAUUCAAUUAAAAAAAUAUCUAUACAUCCUGGAUAUAAUUCUGCCAAUCUUCAAAAUGAUAUAGCAAUAAUAGUUUUGAGCGGUACUGUUCCAGUUGCAAACAGUCUCAAUAUAAACACUGCGUGUUUUCCAACAGGAUUACCCGCAGCUUCUACAAGAUGUUGGGUAUCAGGUUGGGGAAAAGAUGCAUUUGGCACAAAUGGCAAAUAUCAAAGUAUAAUGAAAGAAGUAGAUGUACCAAUUAUUGAUCAAUCAACCUGUGAAAGUGCUCUCCGAAAAACUAGACUUGGCCAAUUCUUUAUGCUGAAUAAAAGCAGUUUCAUAUGUGCAGGAGGGGAACAAGGAAAAGAUGCAUGUACAGGUGAUGGUGGUUCACCAUUGGUAUGUCAGUCUGGUAAUCAGUGGCAAGUGGUUGGAAUGGUUGCAUGGGGUAUUGGUUGUGCAACUAGCAAUGUUCCUGGUGUAUAUGUCAAUGUAUAUAAUUAUAUUCCAUGGAUUACACAACAAAUAACUCAGAAAUGAUUAUACAAAGUAAUAUGCGACAAUUUAAAAUAUAUUACAUACACAUAGUAUUUAUAUUGUAAUACUAAUUACUUGUAUGAUAUUUCUAUAACCACACCUAAAAUCAUAUAUUAAUAAUUUAAAGAUUUUAAUUUACUACAUA